GAGGUCGAGGAGGAUGACGUGGACUACGUGACGACGAUCUCCAGGCUCAGGCGCCAGUCGCUGACGGUGGUCAUCUCGGGUUCGGACCACGAGGUGGCGAUCGCCAGCGGCUCGGGGGGCUUCAUGGGCGACACCUCCGAGCCCGAACUCUUCAUGAGCAACUGCCACAUUGCGGUCCAGAAGUGGGCCCUCGUGGACCAGGCGGCCACUGGCGAGGCGAUGAUGAUCAACUUCGAUGACCGCCUGCCCACGAUAGACGCGAGCCUGGGGUGCUUCAUGGACGACAUCUUCAAAACGCAGCUCGUCCCGCCCACCGCGCGCACGGCCCAGGAGGUAGUGCGGUGCUCUCAGCGGAACGACGCAGGUCUCGACGCUGCACUGGCUGCGCGGCAUUACGGCCAGAACCGAGCGAAGCAGGACGUAGUUGUCUCGUUGGGUUCAAGGCAGCUGGUCCGCCAGACCAUCCAGGCCCUGGCCAGGAAUGGGUGCCGCAGCGGCUACGAGCUCAAGCACCUGGGGGGCUGGUUCAACGCGGUGAACUCCAACGCGACGGAGCUGGCCAUGCGCCUAGCGGCGAUCAACAAGGGCUGGAUGGUGGUGCAGGGCUUCUGGUACUCCUCUGCCCCCAAGCGCGUCAAGCGCCUCAUGUUCAUCAGCCUGGUGUCGGGGGCGGCCUUGCCGGGCACUGCGGCCUACUGCUGGACCGACUCGGAGGCUCGCCACAUUUGCAGUUCUUUGUCACGCAAGUUGAUGUCGAUGAUGGGGGGAACGUCUCAAAUGCAUAACGAUCACGUGAAGGUGAUGACUACUAGAGAAGUCUACAGGUUCUGGAGCCUCGUCCCGUUCAGCCUGGAGGCGCUGGUCCAGCGCCUCCGCAUGUGGCAGGCUAUUGCGCGCAGCCCUCGACAACAUAGCCACGUCCUGGGCGUCUUCUUCGGGGAAAUGAAGUGGGAGCUGACUAGUGAGUACCGAUGCCCACCGACGCUAGUGGAAUCUGGACAGUUCAAUUCCGAUGCUGUUAUUCAUCCUUGGGCGCGUCAGUUGCGACGCGAUCUCGAGGCCCUCUGCGACCACCCAGAGGCGGAGUACUUUUCGCUGGUCUGGGAGAGCCGCUCGAUGAGGGACCUGCUGUGGGACGAGGAGGUGAACGGCCUCUUUGUCUCCCUUGACGUAAGAUGUAUCAUGCACAACACGGCGUACCCCUACGAGUUCACAGAUACGAACGUUCGUGAAUGUGCACUGUGUGGCGCAGAGUUCCCCUCGUACGAGCUGCUCCGUAGUCAUCUCCGCUCACACCUGCCGCCGGCGCAGGUGCGACUGCCCGCGCUGCGUCCGCUCCUGCUGGUGGUGCUGCAGCUCGUGAUGGAGGUCGAGAAGAAGGGCCGCUGGCGCCCGCAGGUGGCGGCCUCCUCGGCCAGCUCGCGGGCUGGUGGAGCGCAGUCCAAGCCCGUCCGCAGCGACAGCCGCAAAAGCCAGAAGGACAGCAAGGGCGCCAGGCUGGCGCGGGGCGACGCGGGCGUGGAGGGCGCCGCAGUGAAGCCGAAGACACGUCGUGGCGGACGGCGCCGCGCGGAGGCCAAGGAGCGCAAGCUCACGACGAAGGGCGCAGGCCUCAAGGACCUCCUCCUGCACCUCUCCAUGCUGGUGUCGCAGCUGGACAAGUCGCCAGUGAUCAAGGCGAUGCAGCAGGAGGGCCAGGACUUCGCGCAGGUGGCGAACCAGAAGCGCGCGGAGGUCAGCAGGCUGAAGGACCAGGCCAAGGCGGCGAAGGACACGGACGGAGCAGCGGCCCGCCAGUUCGACCAGGAGGCCGACAAGAUGAUGGAGGGACUCCGCGGCUUGGGCCCUCCAGCGCCCGCGGUCUUCUGCGCCGUGAUCGAGGCGCUGGCGAACGAGGAGAUCGGCAAGAGGCUCAAAGACGUCCUGGUCGCACUCCUGGCCGAGAUGGAGGAGGCGCCACCCACCUACGUUCGCCUGUGCCGCCUGGAGAGCUGCAAGCAGCCCGACAUGCUGAAGGUGGUGUUCGCGCUGGACCGUGUGGACCUCGAGGUGCAGGUGAUGGAAGCGUUUCGCUCGAUGGGGGUAGUGACGACGGUGGGGGCGGCGCCGAGUGGGUACCUCGAGGACGAGAUCUCGGCCUGGAUCGAC